AUUGUUCCUCUUCCUCAUACCAUUUUUUACGUUUUUCUGGUGGAGGCAUGUCACCGAAGAGCUGAGCUUGUAAUUCUUCAUAACUCAUUGAUGCAAAAUCUGAACGUUUCUCGUUGUCAGUGGUGGUCUCCUUUUCUCCAUCUUUAGACGCUUGCGGAGGGAUGAGCCAGCUCCCAGAAAUCUCCGGGCCGUCUUUUCCACGCUCCAAUUCGGCUCCCCAUUCACUAUGAUUAGUCUCGAAUUCGAUCAUACAAAUCCGAUCACCCUUUUUCGUUGUUCGAAUAGGAGUUAUCAUCGAAAUUGGGCCAUAGUUUUCAAAAAGUUUUCGCAAUUUCUCUUCAUCAUAGUCGCUGCCUUCUGAAGGUUUCCACUUGACUCGAAGAGUAGCAUUCUUUUCUUCGCUUUUCUCCGGUGCUUUGCUCUCUGCCUGUUCCCUAG